AGCCGAGCACGAGCGCGCGAGUAUCGCUGAGGAGAGAGGAGCGCGCGCACAGCUCAGUGAUGCUGGACUACAACAUUCAGUAGACACACGCGUGAAGCAGUGCACACAAACACAUGCCAACAUAACGCAAAGACAGUCCCAAAAAAACCUUCAGUGACUGAAAUACCAGGAGCCCUGUGUUACACUAAGAUUUGAUGAAGUAGUUUGUGGUGUUUACAUUAAGAAACAAAGACAAGUGCUUCCCCUGCAGCGCUGAGCAAGUGCACCUUCACGGAACCUUCAGGAGCAGCCAUGGAUUCGGAGGACGAACCCUUGUUGAUGCAAGGUACAUGGAAUUUGAGUGAGUUUGAAGAGGAGGAUGAAGGAGAGGCAGAGCAAACAAAUGGAGACGAGCAGGUCUGUAAAGGGUUGUGGUGGACUUUGGGAUGGGUCUACACGCAGCCCUGGGCGAGUGGGAUAGUUCUGGCUGUGGGAUUUCUGGUGCCCUUUGCUCUCUCGGCUUACAUGUUCCUUCGCUGUGAGCCACUAGACAUUGACCUUUCCUACAGUGCAUUCGAGGUCAGGAGUCAUGCCUCGGCGGAGCGUUUCGAUGCUCUCACUAUUGCCCUCAAAAGCCAGUUGGGAUCUUGGGACAGGCACAGGCGGGACGCCGAGGGAUUUGACCUGGAAGCCAAUGCUCUGAGGGACCUUUUGUUGCUCAUGGUAAACAGGAAAGGAAAGGACGUCUCUGGCAUAGCGAAUGUCACGGAACCUACAGGGAUUUUGGGAAAAGCUGAGGCGGGAGCAUACAAUGACAACAGGCAGUUUGGAAAUGAGAAAAACAAGGAGAUGAAAGAGAGGGAAAAAGACUCGAGCAUAUCCGCAACCCUCAAUUCCAGUGAUGCCGAAGAUCACAAGAAACCAGACUCGCCCUUAAUGAGAACCCGUAGGUUUGCGGGCUACCCCUAUCUCCAGACCCAAGCCCUUUGGAGGAUCGAGCUAGUGUUUGUGGCCCAGGGUGACAAGGAUAACAACAUCUUCACCCCCGACCGUCUUCACACCAUACACCAUGUGGAGAGAGUACUAAUGCAGCACCCUCAGUUUCAGCAGUUCUGCUGGAAGCCAUUGGAGGCGUUGCAGGAUUUGCCUCUGGGACCCUCCUUCUGCUCCCCUCCGAGCUCCGUCCUGUCCUACCUCUUUCCCAGUGAGCGAGCAGGGAAGAUCUACUAUGAUGGAAUGGGGCCUGAUCUUGCUGAUAUACAUGGUGCCCUGAGCUUGGCGAUCACCCAUCCGCAGUUUUACUGGUACGUGGAUGAGUCUCUCACACCAGACAAGCUUCAGUCAUCUCUUCUUCGCAGCGAGAUCCAUUUUGGAGCUCCUCUCCCCUCCUUUUACUCUCUUCAAGACAGACCAUUAGAACAGAGACGGCUCUUCAGAGACUUUGUGGUGCAGUAUGCAGGCAUCCUCGCACAGCAAUCCACCAGUAAAGUGAAGGUGUUGUAUGGUGGAACAGAGUUAUUCGACGAUGAGGUGCGCAAGACCUUCAACAGUGACAUGUUGCUGGCGUUGUUCAGUGGUGGAUGCAUCACUGUCCUUGUGUAUGUUCUGACUUCUUUUUCUGUGUUUCUGACGUUCUUCGGCUUGGCCAGCAUUGGUCUUAGUUGCCUCGUGGCUCUCUUCUUGUAUCACGUGGUGUUUGGAGUGAAAUAUCUCGGCAUUCUCAACGGAGUGGCAGCUUUCGUCAUCAUCGGCAUCGGUGUGGAUGAUGUGUUUGUGUUCAUAAGUACAUUCAGACAGUCGGUUCAUCUGACCUGCCCGAUGCAGCGCAUGAUUUCCACCAUGAAGACGGCCGGCAGAGCCACUUUCCUCACGUCCUUCACCACCGCCGCCGCGUACGCUGCAAACACCUUCUCACAGAUCCCGGCGGUUCAUGACUUCGGUCUGUUCAUGUCUCUGAUCGUGAGCUGCUGCUGGCUCUGGGUGUCCGUCCUCAUGCCUGCUGCCCUCUGCAUCUGGAGCUCGUGUGGAGCUGCCCGCGCCAACUCCUGCCCCAGAUGGUGGACCACUUUAACGAAACUGUCCAGCAGCCCAGGUCCACUCUCAGAUGAUGAUGACGUGGCUCUGAUAACUGUCGAAAUGGAACCAGGUGUGUAUGACUCUGAACCGGACGCAGCCCUUCUGUCUCUCUCUACAGAAGCUCCUCUGUCCGCGUCCACUGAAGGCAAUGUCGGAGUGGUCAGCGCUCAUAUCCAGAGGCUCCUGAGAUGCUGGGUGGCGGAGCCCGUAGUGGAGAAACGCAAAACUAUCAUAGGUGUGUAUGCGGUGGUUCUGCUGGGCUCGGUGUGGUGCUGCUGUCUCCUGCGUCCGGCCAGUCACGCUCCUGUGCUGUUCCACAGAGACACAAACCUGCAGAGACUUCUAGACAUGCGCAGUAACCUGAGCGCUCAGGGGAUCUCCUGCCAUAUGUGCUCAGGUGUUUUUAUGGAGCGACCUCAUAAUCUGCACAGCACUGCAGACUUCACAAGCUCUACCUCAGGGAACCAUCCCACAAUUCCCUCCAACCAGUCCAAACCAGCAUCCAACAGCAGCGCACAGACGCUCGCAGGUGGGCUGCUGACUGUCUAUGUGUUCAAACUGGAGAUGGGCUCCGCCGUUCCUCUUUAUCGGUAUUCACUAAGUGCCAGUGUACCUGCACCCUGGCAGGCUUCAUCGGCUGCACACGGAGACGUGCCAUCCUUUCAGGCCUACAGCAGUCCCCAUAGCAACUUCAGCACGCGGAUAAGCGUGUGUGUGUCUCACGCCUAUCACCCGCGGCCCCGCUGGAUGCUGACGCUGCGCUCGUGUGACGGCAGCCGACGCUGGAUUGCAGAGUUCGAGUUUUACGUGGCUUCGGUGGAGCAGCAGCGCAGCAGGAAGCUGUAUUUUGCGCAGCACACGAUCAGUCCGUAUCCCAGUCGUGUGUGUGAAGGGCCACCGGGUUGUGUGUUCAGCUCUGGACCUGAUGGACCCACUCAGGGCAGUUUCUACGCACCGCUACCUGCUGCUCCUGCCCAGGUGAAGAUCUCCAGGACAUCAGGCUUUAACCCCUGCAGUGGAGGUAAAUGUGGGAAGCCAGCCGUGCGCCCUCUAGUGGAUACCGGAGCCAUGGUGUUUGUGGUGUUCGGCAUACUGGGGGUGAACCGCACUCAACGCUUAGACAACCAUGUUAUUGGAGACCUGGGCAAUGUGAUCUAUGACCAAGACUUUGAUGUUUUUAAUGAGAUCGGCCACUUGUGCAAGCUGUGCAAAGUCAUCAGUGCCAACACCAACCUGGUGAAGCCUGGAGGAGCUCAGUGUUUGCCAUCAGGUAACAGCCUCACAUCCAUUCUGCCCUUACUUCAUCCCGAGUGUCACUCUCUCCCUGAGCCCAAUCUCUUGCCUGGACAGCUGUCCCAUGGUGCAGUGGGCCUGCAGGGCGGCAGGGUACACUGGAUCUCUAUGGCAUUUGAAUCCACCACCUACAAAGGAAAGUCUUCAUUUCAAACUCACGCUGACUUCCUCCAAUGGGAGAGUUUCCUGCAGAAGCAGCUCGCAUCACUUCCUGCCUCGUCCGCCUUGAGAAGAGGCUUCCAGACCUGCCAGCACUGGAAACAGAUCUUCAUGGAAAUUAUAGGUGUGGAGAGCGCCCUCUACAGUCUUCUGCUGUCUCUGGCCAUCUGCAUCGCUUCAGUCGCUGUGUUUACUGCUCAUCCACUUCUGCUACUGCCAAUCCUGCUCAGCAUUCUGGGUAUGGUGUGUCUGGUGGUGGCAGUGAUGUAUUGGCUCGGGUGGGAGAUGGGAGCAGUCGAAGCCAUCUCUCUCUCCAUAUUGGUGGGCUCUUCAGUGGACUACUGCCUGCAUCUGGUGGAGGGCUAUUUACUGGCGGGUGACACCGAAACCUCAGGACUGGAUCCCUCCAUUAAACGGCAGAUUCGGACCCUGGAAGCAGCCAAUCACGUUGGAGUCGCCAUCGUUUCCAGUGCCGUCACCACGGUGAUUUCAACCAUUCCUCUGUUUUUUUGUGUCAUCGUGCCUUUCGCUAAAUUCGGUCAAAUCGUGGCUAUCAACACGGCCAUUUCCAUCGCGUUCACGCUAACAGUCACCACCGCACUACUGGCAGCGAUGGGACCCAGCGACUUCACACGACAUCCCAGAGCUGUACUCAAAGCUGCAGCGGUGGUCUUGAUCAUGGGGGUCUCUGGAGGUCUGCUGUGGUGGACUGGAUCACAAUUUGCUCCCGAAAUGCUGGACUAAAAGCAAACAGCGGAUCCGUUUCAGCCUGAAGGUGGAUUCCCAGUGCUCUUGAAGUGACAUACAUGAACAAAAAUGAAGGAUUUAAUGUACAGUGCUGAACAUAUAUGAGUACACCCCUCACAAAAUAUCUUAUUUAAAUAAAUAUUCCCUAUAGGAA